CAAGGUGCACAUCGGAGACUUGUCGCAUACAUUUCUCUAGUAUGCCAUUGGUCCACGGGCUCGCAGUUUUGCUGAUGGCUAUUCUAUUAAAGCCCAUAGUUUACCCAUAUAUGUGAAUAUUCUCAUUGAACAGUAUAGCAGUCAAAAAUUUAGAUAAUAUGGCAGACACUUUUGCGCAAAAGAACGAACAGUACUGGACCAAAGCGGCCGACGAUGUACACUCACAGGAAUGGGUUCACAAGUUACAGGCCCAGAUUCAAGCCUACCUGACAAACAACGGCGAUUGGAUAGGUGCAACGAUUACGAAAGAUGCCGCGGGCAAGCCAACCGGGAAGCUCAUGGACUAUGCCUGUGGGAACGGAAUCGUGUCUCGAUCCCUCCACAAACAGUUUGGCCAGCUCGUUGGCGUCGAUCUCGCCGAGGGCAUGUUGGCCAAGUAUCGCGGCACCGCGAAUGACCUUGGUCUUUCCGAGUCUCAAAUGAUGACUGUUCAAGGAAAUCUCUUGCUUGAAGAUGAGCAGCCCACCAAGCCAGCCUUGAGCCGCGAACAGCUCACCAAUUUUGCCGUGGUGGCCAUUUGUAUGGCGCUACACCACGUGGACGACAUUGACUUGGCCAUCAAAAAGCUCGCUGAGAGACUUCGCACAGGCGGUGUCUUGCUUGUUAUUGACUGGGCCAAACGCGACGCUGAACCCGCCGGUACUGGUGCUCGACAUUCCCAUGAGCAUUACCAUCACAGCCAUGGCUAUAACCAAAACGGCGACAAGAUCCAUUCUCAUCACCCUGCCGCUCAUACAAUUUCUCACGAUAGUUUUACAAAAGAGACUAUUUUCCGGCUAUUCGAGCAAGCUGGUUGUGGAGAUGCCAAGUUUGCAUUGGCAGAUAAAUUGUCCGAGGUUCCUGGGGCGCGAUCUGGCAAGAUGCAGCUCUUCUUUGCCCGCGCUACCAAGUUCUAGGGAAAACUAUAUCGACUUUAGCAUUAUUAUAAAUAUUUUCGUACUGUAAAUGGGUAAUU